UAUGCGCUGCAUACAAACCACGAUUGCCAUUGUAUUACUAAUGGCUGGUGAUCUAGUAUUUGGAAGAAUUGUGCAUAAUGCAAAAGAGCACUGGAGUGGAAGAACAGAAGAAAAUACAAAAAGUAAGGGACGUGAUGAUGUAACGAAACAAGAUAAGGAUGUAUCCAGUGAGGAGAAAAACGAUGUACUAUUGCCGUCUAACAGAGUGUCAAUAGAAGCAGAACAAGGUCGUUUUGAGGGCGACAUUAUCAAAAGUCCAUAUCAAACUGGAAUUAAGAAGUUUCGCAAUGUUUUACAUGAAGACUUUUGGGGUAAUUUUCUAUGGACAAAUGGUGAAGUUCCUUACAUAUUAGAUGACAAUUACACUCCGACUGAAAGGAAACACAUCAUAAAUGCAAUGGCACUUAUAGAGAGUCGGUCGAUAAAUUGCGUGAAGUUCAAAGAAUAUUCAAAUCCUACGGCAGUAUUCUUGGACGGCUACAAGUUUGGAUAUCUAUAUAUAAAUAGACUAUUCGAUACCUGUUUGACGCAAUAUGUAGGCUUCUACAAAAUUGGGAAACAAGAAGUAUAUUUAGGCCAGCGUUGUUUCGGAAAAGAGUAUGGAAUACCUGCGCAUGAACUUAUGCAUGUAUUAGGAUUUUGGCACGAACAUAACAGACUUGAUAGGGAUGACUAUGUUGUAAUCAAUACAAAUAAUAUUAGACAAGGUAAACAAGAGCAAUAUGACAAAGAGGAUGGAUCUGUGAUUCAAAAUUUAACUCCCUACGACUACUACAGCAUUAUGCACUAUGGCGUGGAGAGCAACGCAAAAUCUCUUGGCCUUCAAACAAUAACAGUACUUGACAAGAAUAUAGACAUAGACAGAAUUGGACAAAGGACUGACUUGACUGAUUCUGACGCCUUCGAGAUACGUUGCAUGUAUGGAUGUGCCUCUUGUGAAGUCAUAAAUGAAUGUGAAAUGGGAACGGAUAAUUGUCAUAUAAAUGCUGACUGUUUGGACACUGAAAUGAGUUAUACUUGCACAUGUCAGGAUGGAUUCUCGGGAGAUGGAUUUUCUUGUACAAAUAUAGAUGAAUGUGAAGACGGCACUGAUAAUUGUCACAAAAAUGCUUGCUGUUUGGACACUGAAGGGGAUUAUAUCUGCACUUGUAAGGAUGGAUUCUCUGGCGAUGGAUUUUCUUGUACAAAUAUAGAUGAAUGUAAAGACGACACUGAUAAUUGUCACAAAAAUGCUUACUGUUCAGACACUGAAGGGAAUUUCAUUUGCUCCUGUAAGGAUGGGUAUUCUGGAGAUGGAUUUUCAUGUACAAAUAUAAAUUGUUACGGUUAA